UGCUGCCUAACUCCAACAUGCAUAAAGCAAAAGAGCAAUAGGAAAAUAGAAACUAGAAAGAGAGUUACUUUGAGUUUAAGAAAGGAUGAUGAACUUCCCAAUUAUCAGCUUGGAGAGACUCAAUGGUGUGGAGAGAAAAGAUACCAUGGAAAAAAUAAAGGAUGCUUGUGAAAAUUGGGGAUUCUUUGAGCUGGUGAAUCAUGGCAUACCUCAUGACCUUAUGGACACAUUGGAGAGAUUGACCAAAGAGCACUACAGGAAAUGCAUGGAGCAGAGGUUUAAGGAAUUGGUAUCAAGCAAAGGCUUAGAUGCUGUCCAAACUGAGGUCAAAGAUAUGGAUUGGGAAAGUACCUUCCAUGUUCGACAUCUUCCCGAAUCAAACAUUUCAGAGCUCCCUGAUCUCAGUGAUGAAUACAGGAAGGUGAUGAAGGAAUUUUCUUUGAGGUUAGAGAAACUAGCAGAAGAGCUUUUGGACUUGUUAUGUGAGAAUCUUGGACUUGAAAAAGGUUACCUCAAAAAAGCUUUCUAUGGAUCAAGAGGACCAACUUUUGGCACCAAGGUAGCCAAUUACCCUCAAUGCCCUAAUCCAGAGUUGGUGAAGGGUCUUCGAGCUCACACCGAUGCUGGUGGGAUCAUCCUUCUCUUCCAGGAUGACAAAGUCAGUGGCCUUCAGCUGCUGAAAGACGGCGAGUGGGUUGAUGUUCCCCCAAUGCGCCACUCUAUUGUUGUCAACCUUGGUGACCAGCUCGAGGUAAUAACAAAUGGUAAAUAUAAGAGUGUGGAACAUCGUGUGAUAGCACAAACAAAUGGAACAAGAAUGUCUAUAGCAUCAUUCUACAACCCUGGGAGUGAUGCUGUAAUCUACCCUGCUCCAGAAUUGUUGGAAAAAGAAACAGAGGAAAAAAACAAUGUGUACCCUAAAUUUGUGUUUGAAGAGUACAUGAAGAUCUAUGCUGCUUUGAAAUUUCAUGCUAAGGAACCAAGAUUUGAAGCAUUGAAAGCAUCAAAUGUGAAAUUGGGUCCAAUUGCAAUUGUUUAAAAUGUGUUCCUGAAAUGAAAAUAAUCAAAAUUAGGCUAAGAUGUUAGUCAGCACAAAUAUAGUUUUUUUUUUUAGUCCCUAUAAGUUUCUUUAAUUUGGGUUGAGUUCAACUCCUGCAAAUUCAAAAAUUAUCAUUGUUAAUCCUAAUUAUCAUAUGUGGCUUGAUAUAAUGUGGCCUAAUAAGUUGUGUUAGGAUUAAAAAUAACAAUUUUAAAAUUUGUAGAGAUUGAUGAACCCAAACAAAAUAAAUUAUAAGAACUAAAACCAAAAAGUGAUAUAUUUUUUAGGACUAAUGCUAUAUUCAAAUCUAAAAAUUAUUAUUAUAUUUGUUA